AUGCUGAGCGGCGUCCUCUUUCUGAGCGUCCUCACGGUCACCAGCCUGACACCGUCCGAAACGGAGAGCCGCAAAACUUCAGCCUCCAAAGAUAUCUGCAAGAGCCGCUGCGCCUGCGAGGAGAGAGAGAACAUACUGAACAUCAACUGUGAGAAUAAAGGAUUUACCACCGUCAGUCAAUACCAGGCGCCCCCAAAUAAGAUCUCCCAGCUUUUUCUAAACGGAAACUUCCUGUCACGUAUCAGCGCCAAUGAGUUUGUCAAUUAUGGCAAUGUCACCUCUCUGCAUCUGGGGAAUAACGGCUUGCAGGAGAUCCGAACCGGUGCUUUUAACGGGCUCCGCUUCCUAAAGCGGCUCCAUUUGAACAACAAUAACCUGGAGGUGAUUAAAGAGGACACCUUUGCAGGACUGGAGAGUUUGGAGUAUUUACAGGCUGAUUAUAAUUAUAUAAGCGCCAUAGAGCCUGGAGCGUUCAGUAAACUGAAUAAACUCAAAGUGUUGAUCCUCAAUGAUAACCUGCUGUUAUCUUUGCCCCCCAAUAUAUUCCGCUUCGUUCUCCUCACGCACUUGGAUUUACGUGGCAAUCGGCUCAAGAUGCUGCCGUUCGCCGGGGUUCUGGAGCACAUAGGAGGCAUCAUGGAGAUCCAGCUGGAGGAGAACCCCUGGAAUUGCACCUGCGAUCUGAUCCCCCUCAAAUCCUGGUUGGACACUAUUUCUGUGUUUGUGGGGGACAUCGUGUGCGAGACGCCGUUCAGGCUGCACGGUAAAGACAUCACUCAGCUCAUAAAGCAGGAUCUGUGCCCGCGCAGGAAUACUGGAGACCGCGUUCACCCCCCCUCUGACUCUCACUUUCAAGGGGCCCUACCCCCGACCUACCACCCCGGCAUGAUCACCCCCACCCGAGCCCCAAAAGCAUCCCGCCCACCCAAAAUGCGCUACAGGCCCACCCCUCGCAUCUCAAAGGAUAAACAUGUCUUUGGGCCUAUAAUGGUUUACCAGACGCGCUCUCCCGUGCCCAUGCUGUGUCCCAGUGUGUGCGUGUGCACGUCACAGAACCCUGACAGCGGACUGAACAUCAAUUGCCAAGAGCGGAAGUUGCAUAACAUCAGUGAGCUGAACCCCAAGCCCUCCUACCCAAAGAAACUGCACCUGACCGGUAACUACUUACAAAUGAUUUACAGAACUGAUCUGACUGAGUACAGCUCUCUGGAGCUGCUCCAUUUAGGAAAUAACAGGAUAGCAGUGAUUCAGGAAGGUGCAUUUGAGAAUCUGACAAACCUGAGACGGCUCUAUCUGAAUGGGAAUUACAUCGAGUCGCUUUCACAAUCACUGUUCUUCGGCCUGCAGUCGCUCCAGUAUCUGUACUUGGAAUACAACAUCAUCAAAGACAUUUUACCACAGACGUUUAACUCUUUGCACAACCUGCAGCUGCUGUUCCUCAACAACAACCUGUUAAGAUCGCUGCCUGAUCAUGUGUUCGGGGGCACCAUGCUAACAAGACUCAACUUAAGGAAUAAUCAUUUCUCCUACCUUCCUGUUCGUGGUGUGUUAGAUCAGCUGUCAGCAUUUAUUCAGAUAGACCUCCAGGAGAACCCCUGGGACUGCACCUGUGACAUUGUGGCGCUCAAAAACUGGAUGGAGCUGUCCAGUACCAGCGUGGUGGUGAAUGAGAUCACUUGCGACUCCCCCUCUAAGCACGCGGGUCGCCUGUUGCGCUCACUCCGCAACGAGGCCAUCUGCCCCGAGCCGAGCGAGGCGCCCCCGCCACAAAAUGCACCCCCGACAAGAGCCCCCACGCUGAUAAGCCCCGCCACCGAACCCACCACCCCUUCCUCCUCGUCGUCUUCUUCUUUUAGCUCAGUCAGCCCCACCGAAUCCCGAAUCCACACCCCCGAGUUACACCCCGAAGUCCCGCUCUCGGUCCUGAUUCUGGGGCUUCUGGUUGUUUUCAUCCUCUCUGUUUGCUUCGGCGCAGGCCUCUUCGUUUUCGUCCUGAAGCGGCGCAAAGGGGUCGAGCACGUCCCCACAGGUGCGAACAACUUAGAUCUCAACUCAUUCCAAGUGCAAUACGCCUCCUACAACCCAGAACCCACCCAAGACAAAACCUCCGAAAGCCACGUGUAUAACUACAUCCCCCCACCUGUAGGCUCCAUGUGCCAAAACCCCAUUUACAUGCAGAAAGAUGGAGAACAGGUGGCGUACUACCGAAACCUGAAGGAGCUCAGCUUUGGGCCCCUGGAUGCAAAGAAGGAUGACGUCCUCACCCGUAGCCCGGGGACCUACACUAUCAGCACAGUGGAUUUUAUGGAUAAGACGCCGACGUCGUGUGGUUUGACCACCCCCGACCCCCCUGAGAUGUUGUAUCAAAACUUAGGUGAGAGGCCCAACAAAGAGCUUCCCACAGCUGCAGGCGCCCCCCCUUUCAGUUACAACUUUUGCACUUUACCUAAGAGACCUUGCAUCGUGCCCCCCUACGAGGCCGCCACAGCCCGGCGGCAUAUCACCAACCAGGACAGGUUGAACAAAACGGUGCUGUACGGGACCCCCAGGAAAUACUACGGGGCGGAACACCUUUCCAAAAACAAUGAGCAUCCACUGCUGCUCCCCGGGAAGCUAAAAACAGAACCAGACUACCUGGAGGUUCUGGAGAAACAGACUGCGAUGAGCCAACUGUAA